AUGAAUAGAGUAAUGCUUUUGCAACGAAAAGACUUUAUAUUUACUGAAGCUGUUGCCAGGGAAGCAUUUCCUAAUUUUAAUCUCAAAUCGUGGAUAACGAAAAUGUUAUCCCAUAGCCAAGAUAGAGCAAAUGCUUUAGAAGAAUUGAACAUGGCUUGGAAAUUCAUAAAAAAUCAGUUUCCAGAAUUUGCCCGAAGUCAAGUCUUUGUGGCAAUGGAUGAUUAUAAAACAUGCGUUAAUUUGGAUGAUGAACCAAUGCAUAUGAGAAUAUUUCGUGUUUUCCAUAAACAGAUCGUUGACUAUGAAAAUGUAUCACAAAACUUAUCAAAACGUAGGCGUAAGGAAAUUAUGGAUGAACAAAAUGACAAUAUAAUAAAAAAAGGACGAAAAUUAAUAGAAGUAAUCAAUAAAGGGAGACUAGUGUUGGGUGAAAAUUGGAAACGAAAUAAAACAAUCGAAAAAAUAAUUUUAGAAGAGAUUAUUGUAGAGUUUGCAAAUAAUGAAAUACCUUAUAUUGAUCUUGCUACGUGGGCCGUACAAAUGCAUUCUGAUAAUAAAGAAAUUCGUGAAUCGGCACGUGAUUCUCUAGAUCUAGCCUUCGAUUUAAGAUUUUCGGAUCCAAUUGAUAAUUUUAAUGCGAAGUCCGGUUUGGACGAUUAUGAAUCGAUUGUACCAAAAUCAGAAAGAAAUUUACCAAUGUUAACAUUUCGUAAAAUCAUUGAUAGCUACUUUGUUCGAAGGCGUGAUGCAAAUAAAUAUUCAAUUCGAACUUACAUUUCAUGCUUGGAAUUUUUGGAGAAAUCAUUAAUUAAUAAAUCCAUUCAAAUUCCGGAUUUAACUUCCAAUGCAUUAUUUGAUUAUCCGAAAUUCUUGCAAAUCUUUGAAUAUAAUCAUUUUGCUCAAAUACUUGAAAUUUAUAUUAAAACGAUUGAGAUUGAAACCAACCCGGAUUUAGGAAAGAUUUAUUUGAUUAUAACGAACAUUAUAAUUGAUAUGAUAUUCAAAAAGUCGAAAGGGUUAAGAAUUUUUAAGUACGUUCAUGACCAUAUCCCAAGUCAAAAGAUCAUUUAUACCUUGGAUCAUUUAUUAUACUCUUACAACGACAACGCGGAAGGGAAAGGGUGGAUUACCCCUUUUAUCCCAUUAAGUAAACUUACAAGUUUAACAUUUAUUGCAUAUUGCGUUAAUGAAGAAAGCUAUAAUAACAUAUGGCCAAAUUUUUUCAAUACGCUUGCGAAAUUAGCGAGGAAUAUUCAAGAGAUAUUCAUUCAUUUCCCUACAGAUGAUGAAACUUAUUCUUUCAAAGAAGUUUUACCCGCAAUAACAAACCUAAUUAAAUCACAAAUCAGUUUAAAAGGCUUGGAAAUGAAUCGAAUUGACUGUUCAACGAUGGACCAAGAAAUUAUUAACGCACUUACGACAUCUCAAUCGAAUUCCCUGAGAAGUUUUAAAAUUAAUGGAGAAAUCAAAUUUACAUCCUUAAUUCAAUUAUUAGUAAAUUGUAAAAAUUUGAAAUCGAUCAACAUGCAUAAAUUGAUCAAGUUGGAAGAAAAAUCAUCAAAUGAUUACAAAUUAGUUAUACCAUCACUUGAAAGGUUUUGUCAUUGGAAUCCACAUUUACAAUUUCAAUAUCAGACGAAUAAUGCUGAUGAAGAGAUUAUUUUGAUUCUUAAGAUGGCUUCAAUGAGUUUAAAGAAAUUAGCCUGUAGUUUCUUUAAUCAAGAUAUUUUUAGCGCGAUAAAUAAAUAUAGUGUUAAUUUAUCUCAUUUAUGUUUAUUCAUUACAUCCGAUUCACUUGAAAGGAUUGCCAGGGUAUUACCUUUUAUGUAUACUUUAUCUUAUUUAUAUUUAGAAUCUCCAAAAGUUGAUAUUAUCUUAUUUAGAUCCAGCAUGUUACAAUUGUUGGGUACUUCCAUACCCGAAACUUUAAAUCAUUUAUGUUUAAAUUUAUGUAUUUCUUUGAGAUUUUUAAGGGAUUUUUUGACUUGUUGCAAUAUUAAAUUAACUAGUUUGGAAUUAUAUGGUGUUGAAGAUGCGACAUAUAAAUUCGCUACUUAUAUUAGUGAAUAUUAUGAUAGGAAUGAUCAAUUGAGAUUAUUGAAAUUGGACAGGAAUCUCUUUUCUAAAUUUAAUUCCUUUCUUGGUCAUCUUCACCAGAAGAAAGUUGGUUUUGAAGUUGUUGAAAGUUAUCAACCUUCUUGGUUUGAUGAAAAUUAA